AAUCAAUGACCCAAGCGAGGAGGGAGCAUCCAAGGGAGGCCAGGCCGCCCGCUGAGCCAGCCCGUUGAGCCAGCCCGUUGAGCCUGCCCUGAUCGCCCCUCGCACACACACAACACACUCCUCGCACGAACCCCUCGCGUCACGGCAUCGCUCAUCGCACCGCCCUCGAAAGCCGGCUCGCAGCCCAAGCCAAGAACAAGACGUUGACGAUGAACACGACACAAUCGCAAUGCCAGUGCCGCCUCGCUACCUCGCUACCUCGCCCUCGCGCCCCGUGCUCGCUCGCCCUGACGACGUCUCACUCAUCCCUACGACUGCGAGAGCGAGACGGAAUGGCGAGAAGGAAUGGACUGAGCGCAUCGUUCGUCCGAUCAGUCGGUCCCACUUUUCUUGGCCGUCCUCGCCUGGCCUUGCAACAGCAUGCCAUGCCGUAUGUCUCGCCGUGUCGCGCUGCGCCGCGCAAUGUUAUUGUUGACUACG